AUGUGCAACGAAAUAAUAGCAGUUAGUCCGGAUCUCGUUUUCACGGAGAAAGGCGUCUCUGAUUUGGCGCAGCACUUCCUGGUGAAAGCUGGCAUAACUGCCAUAAGACGCUUGAAAAAGACCGACAAUAAUAGACUUGCUCGAGUAAGUGGAGCAACGAUUGUGAACGAUACGCAGCAUUUGCGUGAGGAAGACGUUGGUGUGAAUGCAGAUUUGUUUGAAAUUAAGAAAAUCGGCGACGAAUAUUAUGCUUAUGUUACAUCAGAAAAAACUACUGCUGUUACAGUUGUUGUGCGCGGUCCGAGCAAGGAUAUCAUAAACGAAGUGGAGCGUAAUCUUCAAGAUGCAUUAAGCGUUGCACGCAACGUGAUGAUCACCCCACGUCUUGCUCCUGGCGGUGGAGCGCUAGAAAUGGCUUUGGCUCAGGUACGGUUUUCCUUUCAUUCCUGCUUUUCCUGUAUAAAACAGAAGCAUAUCGUAGCGAUGCCGCAACUGUGUGUUCACGUGCCUAUUUGUAUGUGCAUGUGUAUGGAUGUGUUUUCGUUUUCGGGGAAUUUAUUCCAGAAUAGCAAAUAG